AUGCAUCACAACAUCCUCCUAACCGGCGCAUCCGGCUACCUUGGCGGCUCCUUGCUCGCAGCAUGGUCGUCUGCCAAUCUCCCACCCCAUGGCAAACUACACGCUCUAGUCCGAACAGACAAGCAAGCAGACGACGUGCGUCAGUAUGGAGCCGAACCAGUACGGAUAGACGUCUCCGACCCUGAGGCGAUACGACAAUGCGUCGUGGAGCGUCAGAUUACCAUUGUGCUGUGGUUGAUCGAUGCCAUGCGGUCGGAAGGGCAGGUGGCGUUUAUCAAGGCUCUGGGAGAGGUGAAGGGGAGGGUGGGAGGGGAUGUGCAUUUUGUUCAUGUAUGGAUUUGCUCAUCCAUUCGGAUCACAGGCGGACAAGCACUGAUGAAUUCUCGACAGACGAGCGGAGCGAAGAUCUUUUCAAGCCAUGCCGGUGCGCCUACAGAUGGUCCAUUGCUCGAUACCGCGCCGGAUCUGUAUGAUAUACAGAAGGCGCAGGUCCCUAAAUUGUCCCUGAUGGGAACGGUGCGUACAUUCUCACAAGUCCCUCCUCUUCGCUACAGUCCAACGGCGCUGACAGUCCACUACACCCAGGCCGUCACAACAAACAACACAGUAAUCGAGACAGGGGAAGCCGCUGGGGUGAAGAGCUACAUCUUCAUCCCCUGCAUAGUCUACGGCAAAGGCACCGGCCCCAACAACAAAAUCUCCAUCCAAACCACCGCCAUCGUCCGCGCCGCCCUGUCCCAAAAACGCGUCUACAGCGUCGAUGACGGCAAACCCGUACCUCCCCCCUCCCACCCCACUGCACCCAUCCAGCUAACUGUAUUCCUAACGCAGACCUGGCCCGUCUGCCACAUCUCCGACAACACCACCCUCUACCUCGCCCUCCUGCGCCGCAUCCUCGCCGGUCCUGCCCCUCCGUCAGGAAAGCAGGGGUAUUAUUUAGCGGCGUCCGGGAGCGUGGCGUGGAACGACUUGUACGUCGCUCUAGCACGAGCUUUGACGAAGCGAGGCGAGGUUGUGGAUGAGAAGGUGGAAAGGGCGGAUGAGGGGGCGUUGGAGGGGAUGGCGGGGGCGUUGGGGUGUGGGAGGGAGUAUGUUGGGUUGCAGGUUGGGGGGCUGUGUACUUUUACGGCGAAGCGAGGGGAGGAGAUUGGGUGGAAGCCGGGUUAUGCCAAAGAGCACAUCUUCGAAGCGGCUGAUGAUGAGGUGAAGAUUAUUCUCGAGUAUGAGAAGGGCGGGUAG